AUCGAUCUUAUUGAAAAGAACAUAUCAAGGUAAACAGGUUCUUUUACAUUAUUAACCGAGCAUGGAGUUGAUGUCAAGUAGCGAGGAUGAAGGCGACUCGCCGACGUCGCUGUCUGCAUCUCCAGCGAUUCGAAAGGCGCCACCUUCCUCCAGUAGUCAGGAUAGCUUCGAGUAUGCGUUGCUGAGCCCCACAUCGCGCGUUCAAGCGUGCAACAGGCCUCCAACACCGGCAAUGGACCACAAGCCCGUGAUUUCAGCGCGUCAGCUGCUAAUGAGCUUCUUGCCGUCUGCAAAGCGGCCAUCGUCUACGAAAGACGCUAAGGAGGAGACCACGGACGCAGCUGCAGCCGCUUAUUCCUUCAUCACGCCCAAGAAACCCGCAGUCUCAGAGAAGAAGGAGAAGGAACUCACAGCUGGCGAGCGCAUUGCUCGGAAAUACGGACUAGUAGCAGCAAAGACGUCACCCAAGGGAACACAUAGUCAUUCCACUUUCGACUCAUCAGGAAACCGAGCUACUACACGCUCAAUAAAGGAAGAUGAUGCAGAAGAGAUGAAAGAAGCGAGCCCCGGGACCAAGAAGAGAUCGUUCUGGGACGCUCAGGUGGCUGACGCGGAGACCAAACAGGAAUUGGCACCCAAGUCGACGUACGUGUCGCCAUUUAGCAAUCCCGAUGGAUUUGUGAACAUGAAGAGGAGGCGACAACGACGACAAGAACCGUCGAUAGAAAUGAGCGAAGAGGAGAUGAAGAAAUCUCGUGACGCUUUCUACGAUGACUCAAAGAGUGAAGCUCAGGAUGUUGGACCUCGACCACGACACAUUAUCGGCUCAGCUAUUCCAGAGCUAGAUGAUGCAGACGAUUGGAUGUCCGACUUGAAGGAAGUGACGUCGGGGGAUGAGGAAGCUGCAAAGAAGCUGCUUGGUCAGACGGAUCGAACUGCUACCGUUAGACGAACAAGGCAAAGUAAACGAACAUCAGCAAAGAGGCAGCCACGGAAACGAGUACAGAAGGUGCUGAGCGAUUCCAGUGAAGACGAGAGAGCAACUUACACGAGUGAACGAUGGCCACAGCUUAAUCCGCCGAAGGUACGCUUAAAUUUUUGCGGGAUUAUUACGAUACAGAAUAAUAAUGUCAUGGUUUUGAUAGAUCAACACUGGUCCUAUGAUUCUGUCGUUGUCGGAGGAGGAAGGAUCCAAGACAUUGGAAGUAUGCGCUAACCUGAACAGCUAUUUAUUUGAUUACCAACGGGAGGGUGUGGAAUUUCUCUUCAGCGCUUACCAACGCGAUACUGGAGCGAUCUUGGGUGAUGACAUGGGUCUAGGCAAGACAAUUCAAGUCAUUGCGUUCUUGUCAGCAAUAAUGGGCAAGCACGGCGACCAUCGCGAUAAGGAUGCCUGGAGGAUGUUACUGCAUCAGCGCAGAGAACGAUAUAGCGGAAGUGGUGGUAUUGGCCAUCCAGAAGACGCGGGUUUCAACUUCUCUGGUGAGGUAGCACCGAUACUAAUUGUGAUGCCAGCAUCCCUGCUCCAAAACUGGGAGCAAGAGCUGCACACUUGGAUGUGCUGCACCACAAUUAUCCUGCGUGGUAAACCAAGCGACCGUGACGCCAUGAUCGAUCAAAUUGCAAGGGGUGAAUACGAAGUUGUCAUUUGCAGCUACGACAUGCUGAAGAUGUACUUGAGUCGGCUGCACAAAAUAUCGUGGGAAGCGGUGAUUCUGGACGAGAUGCACUGCCUGAAGAACCCCGAGGCCAAGCUUACCAAAGCUGUCAAGGCGAUUAAAUGCCGUAAGAAACUCGGUCUCACAGGCACAUUGAUGCAAAAUAAUGAGAAGGAGCUGCACUGCUUGGUCGACACUAUUGCGCCGGGAGCAAUUGGAUCUUGGGCAGAGUUUAGCAUGUACUACGGACAGGAUAUCAAAUACGGGAGGAAGAAAUCUGCAGCACCGGAAGCGGUAAAACGAAGCCAGCAGAAAGAAAAGGAGCUUCGCAAAAAGCUACGCCCGUACUACCUGCGACGAGAGAAGGAGAUUAAUCCGACGUUCCAAGAGGUUAAAAAGAACGACCAAGUGGUCUUCUGUGACCUCACGCCACUUCAAAUGGCCACGUACCAGCGAGUGUUGGCUAUGCCUGAGUUUCAGUUGCUUCAACGUGGAGAGGAAAGGUGCGACUGUGGUCGAGAUAGUGGGGAGAAGCGAAAGAAAUGCUGUUACAAAACACCGCCGGAUAUCGGCGAUGGGCCUGGACUGUUAUACGAGCGCUUCCAUGAGCAUGGCCCGUGCAAGAACUGCCCAAAUUGUAUGGGUCUUCCGUGCGUGGCGAUGCUGUUGAAACUAUCGAAUCACUUGGAGCUGCUAAAGGUGAACCCACACGACACACCAGAGCUCCAACACUAUCAACGUGAGUUUGCAAGGACAGCUUUUGGUAGUGAUCUGAACGAGGUCGGAGGUGUGAACCAAAUAUCAAGUUUUCAAGAGAUGUGCGCUAUUUCCACAAAAACGUGCGGCAAAAUGAUCGUGUUGGAGAAACUGCUUGCAGUGUGGAAGAAGCGUCGACAGAGGACGUUAAUCUUCAGUCGAAGUACUCGAAUGCUGGAUAUCAUCCAGCUCUUUUUGAUCACGAAGGCUACGAAGUACAGCAGACUGGAUGGGAAUACGAAGGUGGAGGAGCGUUUGCAGAUGGUGAACGACUUCAACAGCUCAGAGAGCAACACAACUGUGUUCUUGAUCAGUACGAGGGCUGGUGGGGUGGGGCUGAACUUACAGAGCGCGACGAAUGUCGUGAUCUUUGACCCUAGCUGGAACCCAGCGCAUGACUGCCAGGCCCAAGAUAGAGCUUAUCGUAUCGGCCAGACGAAAGACGUACAAGUUUACAGACUCAUUACUCUGGGGACCAUUGAAGAGAUGAUCUACGUUCGACAGAUCUACAAGCAGCAACUCAGUGACACAACAUUAAAGGGAUCCAAUGCACCGCGAUAUUUUGAGGGUGUCCAGGGAAACCCACAGCAACGAGGAGAACUCUUUGGCAUAGCGAACUUGAUCUGUUGGAAACCUGGCGGAGUGCUUAAGGGCAUUCAGGAUGCGUACCAGCGAAGUCGUGAUGGUUUGAUAAUUCAGCAGAAUCGAGUUCAAUAUGAUGCUGCGUCGAUGAAAAAAGCGGCAAAGAAGACAACGCCGAAUAAACGACCAAAUGCCGUGGAUGAUGAUGAAGGAGAAAUGAUCGAAGUGGCUGACGAACUGGUGUCGGAUAUACUACAACCGGAGGAAUUACCGACACCAACUCAGACCGAAGACAAGCCUGCCACUGUCAGUACCAGUAGUGACAGCGGGGAUGAGGAUAUGGACGCCUUGUUGAACGGAGCUACAACGUUUCGUCACGAAGCGAUUGUUGGUGAUCAAGAAGAGGAGAACGCUUAUCAACACCAAGUUGAAGCUGCAGUGAUCAGUGGAUCGGAACCAGAACUGGAAGCAGAAGAUCCAAAGGUAGCAAAUGGCCAUGAUCUUGGCCAGCCAUCGCGUCCAUCUCCUGGAAAGAAGCCUAGCAUAUUAUCACGCAUGGAGGGCGCCAAGUGCCCCACUCCAGGCCAGGACACUCAGAAGAAAGUGUACGUGCCCACUUACUUAUAGCUUACUAACAGGGAUGAUCUUGAGGUUUUGCUUUCUGGAGUUGAAUAGUUGUUCCUUUGGGUUGUUUCAUGUAUGAAUUACAUAGCGAUAUAUACGACUUAGGGGCGUAGAAAAGAG